AUGAGCUGGGUUUGGACUUGUCUCAAAUUCAACGGUUUCCCUGGUGAAUUCGGAGGGGGCGCCCGGCGGUUGCCUGGCAAGGUCACACCACUCCGUUUGAGGAGGCUUCAGUCGGGACUUGACGCAAGUCCCGAUUCCCUGCUAUGGGCGGCGUCAGCAUGCGAGUGGCAUGUGAGACAGAGACCCUGCGGGGCUGCCCUCCGGGCUCUCCAGUACUCCGAGGCUUGUGUUAGGCUCGGCUUCAGUCAGUCCCCGGGCAAUGCCUCGCCGUUCCGAGCGAACCCCGGCCCAGUGGGCUUAGGAAUCAAGGGCGGGGAGCAGAGCGUCAUCCUUAUAAGACAUCCCGAAUGGAAGCCUUUAUUCGGCAAACUUGAUGAGUCCCAAUCCAUCCCCUACAAUAUGGGAGAGGGGGGGUCGGUGUCUUGGUUCAUUGAUCAGCUCGCCCACAUGGAGGCUUGCGAGUUGCAGGCGUCAAAGCUACCCGGUGUGAGGACAGUUAAACUCUCCGAAUCUCCCAGCUCUUUGAAUCAAGUGAUGAUGACCGCAAACAUAUUAGAUAUCGGCCCCCACCUCGCAGGUGACAUCCACUUCACUUCGGUUCAGACCCGAACUGAAAACACAAUCUCCCUCCGAGGAGGUGGUUGGAGAGGCUUAGUUAAGCUCGUCAUGUGUUCGAUCCCAUCUUCUCCCAUCCGCCCAUCGGCCGCUCGAGCUCUUCUUGACAUUAUGCAGACGUUCGGAACGGGGUUCAUCGCGGAAGUUCCUGCCGGUGUCUUCCGGCCGUUGUACUAG